AUGGGAGAUUCCACUAGAUCGUUCCAGGGCCUUUUCAAUUCCUUUGGAGGAAUGCGAAAUAUGCAAAAUUUUGGUCCUUUGGCUGACACUUCCGAGCAAGUUUACAUUUCUUCUCUUGCUUUACUUAAAAUGUUGAAACACGGAAGGGCUGGAGUUCCUAUGGAAGUAAUGGGUUUGAUGCUUGGUGAUUUUAUAGAUGAUUAUACGAUCAGAGUAGUUGACGUUUUUUCAAUGCCACAAUCAGGCAACAGUGUCAGCGUUGAGGCUGUUGACCCAGUCUACCAAACAGAAAUGAAGGACCAACUUAAAAGAACAGGACGUCCAGAAGUGGUUGUUGGAUGGUACCACUCACAUCCAGGCUUUGGAUGUUGGUUUUCAGGAACUGAUGUGAAUACUCAGCAGAGUUUUGAGCAGCUAAAUCCACGAGCGGUGGGAGUUGUUAUUGAUCCCAUCCAAUCUGUUAAAGGCAAAGUGGUUAUUGAUUGUUUCAGACUCAUUUCUCCACAUCUGAUUAUGCUAGGGCACGAACCAAGGCAGACUACCAGUAAUAUUGGUCAUUUACAGAAGCCGACGAUUAUCGCCCUGGUCCACGGCUUGAACCGCAACUACUACAGCAUCGUAAUAAACUGUAAAAAGACUCCACUCGAAAGCCAAAUGCUCUUAAACUUUAACAAGAACAGAUGGACCAAAGAUUUACAUUUACAGGACUUUGUGGAGAGGCAAAAGGAGAACAAUGAUUUAGUGCGCGAAAUAAGAGAUUUGUGUGAAAAAUAUAACCAGAGCAUAAAGCAGGAGAUGACAUGUAAGCCCGAGGAACUGGUCGUCGCAAAUGUAGGAAAACUAGACGCCAAAAAACAUAUCGAAAACAGUGUCAACACUCUGCUCUCAAAUAACACACUAAACGUUUUCAGCACAAUGCUCGCAAUUGAAAUGUUGUAA